UGAAAGUCACACAUCCGUGUCUACAUGUAACAUUUACUUAAGAAAGAAAAUCGUGCUUUUUUGUUGUAGUGAUGAUUAACCCCAAAUUUUGGCUUGGAUUGAUUCUGACAGUGCUAAUAUUCAGUGGUAAUACCAACGGAAAUGGUGUUGAGGUGUAUAAUCCAUAUUUUCAUUUUCCUCCGGGGAGUCCUUAUAUGGGGAUAUUUGUUGCAGUCGCUAUUCCACUAAACAACCGUGGACUGGCUGAUGUAUUCUUUUCCAUGAAUUUCGAAGCGUCCUAUAGUUUACCUCAAAACCAAACCCAGUUUGUCUUUCCACCGAUUAUUACAGACACCGUUACUAGAAAAUUUGUGUAUAAUAUGGUUGAGUCUAACAUCCAAUCGUACGGCGUUCCUGGGAAGCCCUGUUUGCUGAGAGCGAUCUGUGAAGCGGCGGAGUUCAGCACCCAGAGCACCGGGGUAUUAGGGGAUCUGUUACAUAUUCUAUUAACGCCUUCAUCUUCUAAAAAUGAUGAUCCAAUGAUAGAUUAUGCAGAGGCCGAAGAGUACGGAAAAAAUAAGAAACACUGCAAGAAAUAUUCCAAAAAGUGCAGUUUAAGUGUUUUAAAUUUAGUGAGUAAGCUAGAUAACAAAUAUUUUAUUUAA